AUGGACAAGAGCGUGAUUGAUCUGUGUACGUCGCCGGAGAUUGUCGAUCUUGUCGACGACCGAAUGGUUGAAUCGAUAUUUACACUUACAGACGACGAUUUGAGUUUACCAGACCCGCUAAUUGGGCCUCCAGACGGCAGCGAGUCUCCUGAAAAUGGCCAUCAGCAAGACGCCCCGCCAGAUCCAGGCCACAAAUCGCCAUUUAGUUCACCAUUAAUGAUUUGCGAAAAACGCGUUCUGCGUAUGGCGAUUACUCCCGAGAGGUCGGGGGACCACAACGAAGUCAGUAUUGGGUCGCCGCCCUCACUGGUGCCCCAGAAGAAACGACCAAGGUUUGGGAAAACCUCGGUUACCGCAGCCACAAAGACCAAAAGCGUGAAAAAGCGUACAGACAGGGCCGAUACAGCCAAAGAUAUGGUUGUGCAUCUCUAUGGCGAGGGUUCCCUACUAGAAGAGGCCCUGCAACGUCUGCAAGAGCUGCCAGUGCACACAGCCAAGCAGUUCGAAGCACUGGAGGAGGGAAUUACGGUGGUCAAGCUUUCUCGAAUUGUUGCUGAUCGUUUUGACGAGGCGGAAGAUAUGUUUGUCCCUACCGAGUCUCAUGAGGAACCAGAGGACACCAGCAUUGUUGUGAUAAACAACGACUCGUUUCUUGAUGUUUUACUUGAUGAAAGUCAACACGAGCCCUACUUCAAUCACUUGGCCACUUUAGCCAAUACCCCCAAAGUUAUUUAUAUUGUCCAUGGCCUACAGGCUAUAUUACGGCGUCACCAAAACAAACAUAACCGGAUGGUGCAACGGCGAGCUCGCGCAUACAUGGAGGGCAGUCAAUUAGCGGACCUUUCACCGGUGACUAAAUUAAAGAUGGACGCUACAGCAGUUUCCGCGGGCCAGGUCCGGUUGCAGGUCAAUUCAGGAGUUCAAGUUCUGUAUCCGUCAAGCACUAGCCGAGCAGCUGACUGGAUUGUAGACCUGGUGCAGGACCUGAGCCUAGCGCGGUACAAGUCCCGGUAUAGUGACCACCCGUCGGUAAAAUCAGGCAGCACUGUUCAGGAGUGCACUGUUGAGGCUCUGGUCCGAUUAACGCGCGUCACUCCUGCUAUCGCGUAUAGAAUCCAAGCCGUUUAUCCGAACAUGGCUACUCUACUUCAAGUGCUAUAUGCCGAAGGCCCUUCUUGCUUGGUGAAUGCAGGGGUUGCUGGAGCAGCACUGGCAGAUUCCAUCAGCCGUGCAUUGAGCGCCGCAUCGGGUGUCCAACCGUUAGUUUAA